AUGGCUGAUCUAGCAGCAAAAAUCAAACAGGACGCAAAUGAGCUCUUCAAGAGGCGGGCAUUCACAGAUGCCGCGAAUAUGUAUGCCAGGGCAGAACAACUGGCGCCCAACGACCCCGUAUAUCCAUCGAAUCUAAGUGCGGCGCUAUUCGAGGCAGGCGAUUACGCUGCUGCGUUCGAUGCAAUUGCGCGUUCAUGGAGCGCGCUAUCCAUUGCGAACGGUCCAGACAUAUCUUUGGCGCUACGCCUUUCGGCACGUCUUGCCCGGACGAUCUCGAACGGCGUGAUGUCAGGAUCACUAUCUUUUCUGCAGAUAAUGGGCAAGGACGAAGUGGUCACAGGCCUACGCGGCACAGCCGAAGCGUAUACUACACACGCCAGCGCACCCGACGCCCUGCGCGCUUGGGAAGAGUGCGAUGUUAUCCGUGGAUCGCUAGCCGGGAUCCAAGACGAAGACAAGGAACGCUCGCGAAGGGCAUUCGCGCGCCUUCCGGUCCUAAAGCAGUUCUACGACGGUGCAACUCCCGAGUACUAUCUUGUUGGACAUGAUCAUCUGCUCUCCAUUUUAGACGACUAUGGCCCAGACCACCCUUGUCCGCUGGACCUCAAGGCGUGCCAUGCUGAUGUGCUUUCCAACCUGUCGUUUUUCUUCGGCGGCGUGGGCGAUGCUCGACAUGUCUAUUCCUCUAUUAUUGGGCUUGGACGCGGAAUCUCCAGUUUGUCUGACGAGCAACGCAACGCUACGAAGGUUCACCUCGCUCUAUCGGACAUUCACCCCGCUAUGCUGUGUCGUGACUUGGUCAUCCUCAUGUUGCUCGACCUACUCCGCGCCCAACCGAAUAAGCCCGACGAGCUCUCUAUCAAAGCAGCCAUCCACUAUACUUUCAGCUUCAACGUUAUACCGAAGAUAUACAUGAAAUGGGUGGAUAACACUAUUGGACGACUACGGCAUACACUGUCAUCCACACCAUCUGCUCUACCACCGUGGUUGCACGUCUCAACAGAGGCUGCGACGGCACUGGUCAAGAUAUUGGACACGUGGAGCCCACUGGAAGCCGGCCAGACAGCGGAGAACAUCAUGACCGUGGCACGCCACCAACCCUCAAUGUCCGAGCGUCAUGCUUCACAACCGUCCAAGGAAGGGCUUGCACGCACGAAGCAGAUGAUCUUUUUUGCAUGUGCAUCGCGGCUGGAGAACUACGGGGCGAGCAUGCACUCGGCUUACGACCGCGCUGGCCCGGAUGCCACCCGAGAACAAAUUGUUGAAGAUAUGUGGUACUAUGCCACGGAGACGCUGGUACCUCCGAAGAAUCUCCGAGACAAUCUCUCCGCGACCUCGGAGCUCUGGCAUUACCUUGAUUCCCCGCGACCAGGGAGGCUCACUCGCGAGGAAGCCAUCCGCAUGAUAGCGGCUUCCUUCUCCGAGACGUAUGAUCACUAUGGGGCCAACCCCACUUUCUUCGAUCCCAUCUCUACCCGGAACAAUCGCUUGAGCUUCGGUGGUUGGACCAAUAUCGAGGGUAAAGACUACUUGCGGGAUGUUGUACGCUACCUUGAGGUCUUCAAUCGGCGGUUCAGACUUCCACCAAGCCCAGUCUGCACGGAUGGCCCCGCUUCAGCCGCGUUUGGCGUGUCUUCGACGUUUUUCGAGGCGGUUGUUACGGCCUGGCAAGUGAUAGCUGUCAUGCGAAGCUCUGGAUCAGCCCGUGCAACAUGUUUGCCGACCAAGUUCACACGGAUGUGGCUCAGUAAUGUCCCUGAUUACACACAUGGCUUGAUGAGCCAGAUCGUUUUUGCUCUGCCCAGCCUACAAACACAUCGCAAAGCGGAGAUUGGGAGCAACUGUCUAUUGCACACACUCUCGUUUCAGGGACAAGCAGCAGACUAUUGUCAUACGUACACUCUUCUGCUUCCACAAGACGUAACCCGCUAUUUGAACUGUCGCAUAGACGAGUUGGACGCCCAGAGUAGAGAGCGCAUUGGGUGGCAGAGUGACGAUCGCAUCCUCAAGGCGUUGCCGCUGCGCGAGGAUGUGACUCGUUGGCUCACCCGUGUCCUUGUGAACAUUCUCUGGCCUGGGGACCUCACCAUCCCCGACCGCAUCUACGGAUCGAAUGGGGUCCGUCAAGCACUGAACCUCAAUGCCUUCGUCGCGCUGCUGUUCCAUCUACGGGAACUUGGAUAUCCCGCUCACUGGCUCUCCGACUAUACGAACAGCCUACUUUCGAAUCAGUUGACAUCGACUGUCGAGCUUUAUGCAGGACCCCUACCAAUCCCUGCCGCGUAUUCUACGAGACGCAUAGCAAACCGCCAGCUCUGGAUGUCGCCUUGGGUGACCGAGCUGAAGACAACCCUGUCACUGGCUGCUCCGAUCAUCCCCUUCCCUGUGCGCGACAUUCGUCACGACGCCGUUGCGAUCUUCGAGGCAGACCCUCAAAUCGAUUAUCCUAUGCGCCAUGGCUUAUACAGCGCUGGGAGACAGUCUACGGCGCCGAACAUCCAUCUCAUGAUUCUACACCCUACCAUCUUCGCCCAGCAUGGUCGACUGAUUCGCGACAUACGUUGGAUUCUCGAUGGCUCCGGUAGCCGCCCGGAGUCGGAUCAAUUGGCCAUCAUCACCUCGCCGGAGGUCGUAAGCGCGACAGAUAGCCUCAUACGUUGGCGGCUGCGCGUGCUGGACUACGAGAGGAUGAAGAAUGAGGAGUGGACGCUAGUGAUGUAUCGUUUCGACACAAACUCUCCGGUAGGAAAGGCGAUGCCUUCUACAUCGUGGAAGAAAUAUGAAGAGUCAAGUACAAGCGGGUAG